GCUCUUGCAGAUGACAUCACAAACAGCCGGUAUAAAUCCUCCAGUAGAAUCAAAGGAUCAGUGUGCUGCUGACUCAGUCUCUCCGUCUGCCUCACAUCCAUUCCUCUACGCUGCUUCAACGCCCUGCGGGAAUCAUGGUGGAUGCUUUCGUCGGCACAUGGAACCUGAAGGAGAGCAAGAACUUCGAUGACUACAUGAGGGAGCUCGGUGUGAGCUUUGCCACCCGACAGGUGGGCAGCAUGACCAAGCCCACUACCAUCAUCUCCGUGAACGGCGACACCAUCACGCUCAAGACCCAGAGCACUUUCAAGAACACCGAGAUCAACUUCAAACUGGGAGAAGAGUUCAUGGAGACCACAGCCGACGACCGCAAAGUCAAUUCUACGGUAACGUUGGAUGGGGGGAAGCUGGUGCACGUGCAGAAGUGGGACGGCAAAGAGACGACGCUGGUGAGGGAGGUCAACGGAAACAGCCUCACCCUGACCCUGACACUGGGUAAAGUUGUGUGCACACGCUACUACACAAAGGCCGAAUAAAAGAUCUUGGUCCCAACCCCCAGUCCUACCCCAAUCCCCUUCUAAACAAAAAGAAGACAAGCCCCACCUCCCCCGGGUCCAGCACUCUCUCUGCUACGGGUGUCCCACUCCCCCAUCCCUGACUCUUUUUACUGCCACCUCCUCUGUACUAAACACUCAAUAAAUACUAAUUCCAAA